AGAGUCAGGAUGACACUCGACCUAAGGUGAACCCUCUGGCUGCCCAGAUCUGGGCCCUAAAAGUUCGGGAAUUGUCCAGGAAGCACAUCCUCAGAUGCUGGUCUCACAUCGGCAAUAGAAACGUCUCGACUGGACAAGAAGUUGCUUGUUGUGGAGGGAUGGUCUGCGUACAUGAAAUAAGCCACGCCUUGGGCGUUCACCAUGAACAUCAGAACCCCGGAAAUGAGGGCUGGAUUCGCGUCAAUAUAAAGAGUGUACAGGACCCUGUCCAAUGCCCAUCCUUUGCCGGUGCGUGCAGUAACGAAGGAUACGUCGUUUUUGAGAAGGGACAGUGUCGAUGUCAGUGUCCGUAUGGUUUGGAUCCCUUGUCUGGAUGCAACGACGUCAUCAGUAAAGCCGACUCGCAGCAAUAUUGUAGCUACUGGGCAAAGAUUGGAGAGUGUCAGAGGAAUCCUAACUACAUGAACCAGAACUGCAAGCUGAGUUGUGACGUUUGCGACGUUUCAACCAGGGCUUCGUACAAUUUGCUGACGUAAGCAAUUCCACUCACGGAAGCUUCAAUUCCGGAGACUUACCUGACGGUACGUUUACUGCCCACGGAACUAGACUAGAGUUCUGCUGCAGGGAUGAUGGGUUUCUGCACAUGCCUAUAGAUCUACCCUCCCAGAACGAAUUCGCCUUGUUCCAGAAAUUCAUGGGGUGUCAGGAAAUUAAUGUCACUGCGGCGCUGGGUUACAUAAAGACUUCACCAGUGUGGACAACGUCAUGGCUUUGACCUUCAGAACACGGCAUGGAUCGAACUCAACCUUGAGCUUCAUUGUGUCGCUUAUUGAUGAGACGCCCUGGAUAACUUAGAAGGCAACUACUGUCGUAACCCUGGCAACGGUCUACGGCCCUGGUGCUAUACCGAGGCCGUGGGUUGUGUACGGGAUUACUGUGAAGUCUGUCUUAUGGAGCACCCACAAGACAGCCUUCCCGACUGUGCUCAACUCGCAAAGACAGCAGACUUCUGUGAGACAGAGCCGGACGCUCACUCACUCUGUCCUCUUUCCUGUAACUCGCCCAGAGAUGGCCUUACGUGAAGGAGAUCUGGUUAGGUCUGAGCGACAUUGCUACUGAGGGUUCCUUCGUGUGGGAUGAUGGGACGCCUCUUGUCUGGAGCAAGUGGAGUAGCGACGAUCCCAACAACCUCAACAAAAACGAAGACUGUGUCUUCAUGAGACGUAACGAAUGGUGGGUGGACGUACCCUGUGACAACUACCUGAGACCCUUCGUGUGCAAGCGCCCGCGUGAACAUGAUCCGUGCCAUGACUUGAGCCGCCACUGUGGCUGGUGGGCCAACAAUGGAGAGUGUCAGAGAAGCCCUGGGUAUAUGAACUACCACUGCAAGUGGAGCUGUAACGUGUGCCCUGUGGCAGUUUGCGAAGACCUCCUUCCAUCUUGCAGUGACCUUUUGACCUUUGACCAGGAUGCCUGUACACAGUACCCAGACUUCAUGAAAAGGAACUGCAGGCUGGCCUGUAAUUUGUGUGUUCCGUAGAUUUUGUUCUUGUGAUCUACGAAGUAUGAAACGCCAAGUACAUUUUCAUGUUUUCUACGCUAUAUGGCAUACCUCAUAGUUUUGUUUUUUUUGGUGUUCUCUUUUAACAGCCUAGAUAAUGUAAUAUGUCCCUGUGUGUUCUAUGUCACAGAAAUGAUACAUUUUAGAUCUCUGUGUGUUCUACGUCACAGUAUAUUUUGCAUCCUAAAUCUCUAUGUGUUCUACGUCACAGUAUAUUUUGCAUCCUAAAUCUCUAGGUGUUCUAUAUACAUCGUAGGUCUUUGUUUGAUUUACGUCACAUUAUACAAUACCACACUCUCUGAUUCUGUUCUACGACAAAACAGAAAACCUGUAGA